AGUCUCACCGCGCAUGCGCGUUGUGUACUAGCUGGCAUACCCGGUGCCCCUCCAGGUCUCACCGUAGCCCACCAGCCCUCGCUCACACCCCGCAGGCUCGGUGCCUGGCAGCGGGUGCUAUGGCUGAUAACGAUGACUUCUAUGAGCAGCUGCGGCUGCAACAGCUGUGCCAGGAACGUGAGGCUGCAGGGGGGCUGGACCCCUUAACCUACAAGGACCCCAGUGAUGGCACUGAGUAUGAGUGGGACAUGGAUAAGAAGGCCUGGUUCCCUAAGGUGAGGGCUCAUGUCUCCUGGGCCACCCACAUGUUCGGAAGAGCCGUGUUACACCUGGGCGGCCCAAUAUAACCAACUCAUGGCUUAUAUAAGAGCAGCAUUACAAGCCAUGGCACCUUAUUAUUGGAAUACAUCUCCUAUAAACCACAGGCCCACACCUAUGGCUAAGGGUGAUCAGAGUUGCAGUCUGCAGCAAUGACAUCCACACAUUUUGGGGUUCAGUUUAUAUAUAUAUAUAUAUAUAUAUAGUAUACAGCUAGCCCUAGUACAUUUUUGUCAUUUUCCCAAAUUUGGCAGACAUUACAUUUCUGGGCAGCAAUUGGUAUUUGCAUUAGCAGUCCUUAAUUACGCCCCUCUUCCUCAAAGUGAAACUAUCACAUCUCAGGAAAGUGCUCUAUUAAAUACAAUAUUGAAGUCACCUACCAAUUGGCUUUAUUUAUUUAUUUAUUUAAAAAAUAUACUCUGGUUCAAGGGGACACUCCAGGCACCAUAACAACCUAAUCGGAGUGAACUUUUUAUGGUACCAUGAGGUCCCGGAUGCCAACUUUCCAUUAACCCCAUAGUGUUUAGUAUGGUGCUUGCCAGCUUUGCCAUUGAGAAAGCCUUACACUAGGUGCUGCUAAUAGAUUGAGAAUGUCAACUGACGCUCUCAGCCUAUCAGUAACUCCGCAUUCACAAAACUAAGUGAAAAAGAUAUGUACCUUUUUCAAUCCAUUUUGUGAAUGGGAUGCUGACAAUCAGUCUUUCAGCGGACUUUGGGGUUAAACUGUUUGUCAGUGGUUUAACUUCUGAAGGUAAGUUGGUGCUGGGGACCUGCUUGCACCAUAUUGCCCGUGGUGUCCUGCACUAAGAGUUUUGCUUUCCUAUAAAAUCUCUAUGGGGGACCCAACUAGACAUUUUAAUACCGAUUUCCAUAUAAAAUGGUGUCUCUUACAGGGUUUAGUAUUAAUCUCAUUCAACAACUUGAGCAGAAAGUGCACUUUAAAGUAAAACUUAGAGACUUCAUGCAUUAGAUAAAAAAGUAUGAAUCUUUAACUAGGUGCCAAUAAUUAGGUGCAAUAUUUUUCAGUGUACUCGUGUUAAUGAUACAUGAAAGUUUAGUACAGUACUACUUUAGUAACAAUUGACAGUGUUGAAGGAACACUUUAAGCAACGUAACUCCUACAGCGCACUUGAAGUGUUUUAAAAGUAUUCCUUUUUAUACUGUCAAUUUUUGCCUUAGGUGUACAAAGCUUUCUAUUGUUUCCUAUGUAUCAUUAAAGGUACACUAUAUCCACCCAAACCACUUCAUCUGAACUGGUCUGGGUGCAGUACCGAUGUCUGUUUAACCCUGCAAUGUAAAGAGAAACUGCAGUGAUUACAUUGCAGGGUUAACUCCACCUUUAGCGGCAGUCUUCCAGUCAGCCACUAUAGGUGCUUCCGGAUCCCUAGUAGAGUUUUAUCCUGCUAUGCGACAUUGGAUGUCCACAGACUUUGCAUGAGGAUGUCUAACAACUUGCAUGUCCCUCAUAGGAAAGCAUUGAUUCAAUACUUUCCUAUGGGGAAGCUUGAAUGGGUGCGUGGUGGUCGCUGUGCAUGUGCAUUAGGCCCCAUCACGGGAGGAGGAGACCUAGCCAGAGGGAGCCUCGGCACUGGAAAGACCUAUAAGGUUAAAAAGAGGUUCUACACACUUUACUUGUCGAAUGUUGGGGGGACCUACAAAACUAGGGACAGGGACACUAUAGCAUUAGGGAUACAGGUUUGUAUUUCUAACGCUAUAGUGUUCCUUUUACAUAAGUACAAAGAAAAAUAUUGCACCUAAUUUGGGGCUCCUAGUUAUAUUCAUGCAUGAAAAUAAAGUUGGUUAAUUUAUUUCACAUAAUUUUUAAUUUAAUAUUAUUGUCUGAUUCUUUUUUUUUUUUUUGUAACUAGAUAACAGAUGAUUUCUUGGCAAUGUACCAUGCAAAUUAUGGCAUACAUACAGAAAAUGCAGAUGAUUCUACUACUGCCAAUGAAUCUACCAAAGCUCAGAAAUCUGGUACCUCGAAGGGACCUAAAGAUGCAGAAAUACCUAUGAAAGAAAAGAUUCAGACGGAAGCAGCUGAACAAAAAGGAAAAGGAGAAAAACGCAAGCAAGAUCAAGGUGAGAAUGUACUGUGCUAAACAUUGUGAAAAGGCAUUUUUUAAAGGUAUUUAUUUGAUCAGAUAUGUUACAUUACUCAAGGUGGCACUGUCGGGUCUGCAUCUUCUAUUAAUAUAUAUAUGAACUUUAUGAAAGAAAUCUUAUAUUGCUUUGGAAUGUUACUGAAAUUCCAGCGCAAUCAAAAAUAUAUAUAUAACACAAAGUAGGAGUCUCAUGCUCUCGGCAUGGUACUGUAUGUUGGGGGCCAGCUAGAUAGGCUGUCAGUCAGCCCGGCAUGCUUGAUGGUAGACAGACUUGCCCCUUCAGUUGGCAUGCCUUUCCAUUAAGGGCAUCGCCAGUGAUGCGAGUCUAGUGAUGCCCACCUAUCCCGUUCUAUGAGGAAUGUGAAAAUACAAAGGUGACGUAGUAUAUUGAUCAGUAAAGGAAGAUGGUGAUACUAAGAAUGAAAAGCCUUCUCUUUUAUCCCUUGGUUGGUGUUUUUUGCAUGAAAUGCAGAGACUCUACAAGUUUUGGUGUUAUUCCACAUGUUUAAUAAACAUUAUAAAAUUAAUAGAUAUACCACUGCUUUACAUUAUUAUCAGGGACUAAUGAAGGUGUUUAGAAAAUUGGGCAAUCUAGAUGGUUGGUUCUUAUCUGCCGUCACAUUCUAUGUUUCUAACAAGGCUCAAAAGUAAACAGAUGUACAGAUACCAAACUAUUUUGUAUCUGAUAAUAUUAGCUUGCAUUUUAGUUUUUCAGUUCAUUUACAAGACAAAUUGACAUUUUGUACAUCUCCUUCACAUAAGCUACAAUAGGUGACACAAACAUUCAAUGGCAUUUUUAUUAUAAUAAUAUAAAUGUUAUUUUUUAGAUGUUAUUUAUAUACUCAUUACAUCUGCUCUCCAUUUUCUCUGCUGAACACGUUGCAGUUUUAUGAAAACUUUCUUCUUCAGUGUUCCUUAAUCAUUCCUCUUGUUUGGCCAUUUGUUGACCUGUGGCCCUUCACUUAUUUGCCUCUUCUCAAGUCACAUCUGAGAAUUUAAACAGAUGAUUUAGAUGGUCCAAAACCAAAUAUUUGUGUAGUGUACACAAAUGUACAAGUUCCCAUGUCCCUUCACAGACUACUUUUAUUGAUUUGAGCCUGAGGUACCAUUUUUAAAACUGUUGCCCAAAAUUGCACCACAUCGUCAAGGUGGGGUCUUACCAUCAUUUAUAAAGAGGCAAAAUUACACUGAUCAGCCACAACAUUAAAGCCAUCAGCCUAUUAUCGUGUAGUUACCCCUUGUGUCGCCAGAACAGCUCUGAAAGGUUAAAGCAUGAACUACACAAUACCUCAGAAUGUGUCCUGUGGCAUCUGGCACCAUUUCAUUAGUGUCAGGACAGACCAGUGGCCCAACACGCAGAAUUAAGUUAAACACGUAACAAAUACAAACAGUAACAACGUAUUACCGGGUCUUAGAAAUGCCGCAAUUAAUGUAAUAGAAUAAACAGUAACGACCCGAGGUCAGGAAUACAGAAAGGAACAAAUACAGAAAGAACAAAGCCAAAGGGUCAGAGAUACCAGAAAUACGGGAAGUCAAGCCAAGAUCAAAAAACAAUAAUCCGAAUCAGGAACGCGCUCUCGGAUAACCAACAGGAUGGAAACCACGACCGGGCACUGAACAACUGCAGGUUUGGGUUUAAAUAACCCAGUAAAUCCUGCUAUUGGCUUAUUUGGGUCCCAUGACCCUAUGGAGCUGCCAGCAGGGGGAUUGUCUGAGCUGUCGGGCAGUCUCCCAGGCUGCUAAAAAGUAAAAAUAAAUUUUAUAUAUAUAUAUAUAUAUAUAUUAUAUAUGUAUAAUAUAUUAUAAAAUAUUUAAAGCAUUCUAUAAUAUACAUAUAUAAUGCAUAUAUAUGAUUUCAUUAUAAGUGUACUUUGAGAUAUAUACACAUAUAUCACAAAAUACUUAUUAUGAAAUCAUAUAUAUGUAUAAUAUAUCAUAAAAUGCUUUAAUUAUCAUAUUAUACAUAUACAGGAAAUAGGGUGCUGCUGGGGGCCAUAUUAUACAAUAAACAAAACACACGAUCCAGUGCACUCUCAUAUCUACUAAACAGCAACUUCAAUGUUGACUUUAAAAAAAACUAAUAAAAUCUGUCAACAUUGAAGUUGCUGUUUAGUAGAUAGGAGAGUGCGCUGGAUCGUGUGCAUUGUUUGUAUGUGUGUGUGUGUAUAUAUAUGUAUGUAUACCGACACACCUAUACAUGGGUGGUAUCACUGUGCUCGGGAGAUGCUGCUGAACACAUAUUGGGGUGUUCUUUGGCCCAGUAACCCUUAAGGUUCUCAGUACAUGUAUUGAUAAAUUGCUAUGUGUGUUAAAAAAAUCACCAAUUAUUUAUUUAUUUUAUAUUUGUCAUAGAUUGGUGGUAAAAUGGUUGCGUGAAAAGAGUCAAAAUACCUCAAGUUUAAUAUCUUAGGUUGUGUUCUUUGAAAAAAAUAUAUACAUGUGAAGGGUUAUUCAAGGAUUCCUGACAGAUAUCAGUGGGGAAAAUUGGUUUGGAAAUAGCAAAGUGCUACUUAUACUUAUACACCUAUAACUUAAAAAAAAAAAAAAAAAAAUGUUAACAUUGGGUGUUUCUAAACUCAGGACAAAAUUUUGAAAGAUUUAGCUGGGGUGUUUGGCGUUUGUAGAUGCAUAACAGAUUUUGGGGGUCAAAGUUCGAAAAAGUGUUUGUUUUAUUUGUUUUUUUACAAUUUUCUUUUUGUUUUUUUUAGUAAAGGAUAUGAUGAAAAUAAUGGUAUCUUUAGAAAGACCAUUUAAUAGUGAGAAAAACGGUGUAUAUAAUAUGUGUGUGUACAGUAAAUGAGUAAGAGGAAAAUUACAGCACUCUUCUUAACACUUCUGUUCAAUUAGAAGAUUUCCAUUUACAACUACCUUUAAUCUAAUCUAUCUUUAAUCCAGUGUUCUGUUCAAGAACACAAUUUUUGUCUAAACCAACCGAUUUCAGUUUUAGAAGUAGCAACCUUUUGGGUGGAACUGUGUCAAAUACCUUAGCAAAAUCCAAGUAAAUCACAUCGACUGUAACACCCAAAUCUAUAUUUCCACUAACUUCUUCAUAGAACGCAAUUAAGUUAGUUUUGCAUGGUCUGUUUUUCAUAAAACCAUGUUGAUUCCAGCUAAUGGUAUUGUUGCUCAAAAUACAUUUUUGAAUAUUACUUAACAUUCCUUCAGAUAAUUUCCCAUCCACAGAUGUUAGGCUCACAAGUCCCAUUAACGUCUCAUGGACAGAGGGUUAGAGGUUAUCCUUACCCCCAUUGAAUAUAGUAGGAACAUUUUUAUUUGCUCAGCAACUUCCUGAUGGUGCAAAGCACCCUGAAUAAACUGACUUUUUUAAAGGAUCACUAUAGUGUCAGAAAAACAAACUUGUUUUCCUGACACUGUCAUCCUUAGGACCCCCACCUUCAGGGUCCCUCUCCCCUGGUGCUGAAGGGGUUAAAACCCCUUCAGUUACUUACCUUAAUCCAGCACUGGGCUCCCUCGGCGCUGGUGACCUCUCCUCCCCCGCCGUCGUCAGCUCCCGAGUAGAGUGGAAUGCGCAUUCGUGGCAAGAGCCGCGUGCGCAUUCAAACAGUCCAUAGGAAAGCAUUUCUCAAUGCUUUCCUAUGGAUGUUCUGCACGCUGGAAGCGAUUUUCGCAUCCAGCGUCGCAGAAGCGCCUCUAGCGGCUGUCAGGAAGACAGCCACUAGAGGUUGGAUUAACCCUGCAAUGUAAACAUAGCAGUUUCUCUGCUAUGUUUACAUCUGUAGGGUUAAAACCUGGGGGACCUCGCACCCAGACCACUUCAUUGAGCUGAAGUGGUCUGCAUGACUCUAGUGUCCCUUUAAAUUAAAGGAACACUGUAGGGUCAGGAACACAAACAUGUAUUUCUUACCUUAUAGUGUUAAAAUCACUAUCCUGCCCCCCUAGAUAUAGCAAUAUCUUACAUUUAUUGCAGUCUGGCUCAGCCCCUGAUCUGCCUUCUUGGUUAACAUCAUCAGAAGUGAUGAUCACCGCCAAUGACAAUGCUUUCCAAUAGGAAAGCAUUGGGUUGGCUGAGAUUGCCAAACACCGCUCUGGCCAUCAGCAUCUCCUCAUACAGAAGCAUUGCAUCAAUGCAUCUCUAUGAGGAAAGUUCAUUGUCUCCAUGUGGAGGGUGGAGACACUGAAUGGCAGUGCUGCACAGUGUGCAGCACUGCCUCAGGAAGCACCUCAAGUAGCUAUCUGAGGAGUGGGCACUGGAGGUGUCCCUAGGCUGUAAUGUAAACACUACCUUUUCUCUGAAAAGACAGUGUUUAAUGCAAGAAGCCUGCAGGCACCGAUUAUACUCACAAGAACAACUGCAGUACAUGUAGUUGUUCUGGUGACUAUAGUGUCCCUUUUAAUCCUGUUUUAUUUAUUGUUCUCUAUAAGCAAUAAAGUAUGUGUGUGAAGGGUAGGGGGUGGGGGGCGGAAAGCACUGCAAACUGGAUUGUCCCUAUUAUUUCAGUUAUGACUAAAUGCAUGAACAAAGUAAAGGCCACAUUGGCAUUUUAAAUGCCAUCUGUUUUCUGGAUUACAAAUAAUGGAACAUUUUUAACUAUAGAGAAACUCUUUAAAUCGGAAUGUGUGCAUUUUGUGACUUUUAGUGUUUUUCUGAAAUUAUGGAAAUAUUAGCUUUUAGUCUGUUACCAAUAGAUGGCGCUAUGCUCAGCGCUAUAUUACCAAUACAAGUAAAGCAAAUCAAAAGCCAUCCUCUCUCAAGCUGGGUUAUACACUAAAAUCAGAAUUACGAGAAUCAAAGUGAAUUUCAAAAUAGCCAAAUUAGGAAAAUUCUCCAAAUCAGUUCUGUUUUCAUUCUGUCAGUUUUGUCUUAAAGGAACAUUAUACUGUUAGCAAUACAAAAAUCUAUUUGUAAAGGUAUAGUGCUCUGCUUUCUGUUUUGGUGCUAGUCUAAUCCAGUGCUUUCCCAUAGGAACUUGCAGCUAAACACAGUGCUGCGCCAGUCAAAUGUUCUCCUGCAGAGCAGCAAUGUUUUCAGUUGCAGGGUUAAAACGACAGGGAUAUGGUACCCAGAACAUUUCAAUGAUCUGGGUGCCAAUAGUGUCACUUUAAAAUAGAAAUUUACUUUGAAUUCCUGACAGGUCUCAGUUUGGUAAAUAGCCCAGUAUACAGGGGUGCCGUGAGCUCACACCUACAGCACCUCCGCUGAGACACCUACCCAUAGUAUCACACAGGUUCCUUUCUCAAUGUGCCUUGUUUAGUCUUGAUGCUCUAAAAUAUGCAGUUUUGGUGCUCAGUGUCACUUGAAACUAAUAUACUGUACCAAUUUAAUACACUGCAAGGAAAGAUCACCAGUGAACCAGCGUCGGAUUCAUGGGCGCCCACUAUUCAUUAAUGCACGUGGGGAGUGAAGACUAGCCCAUCUGGUCCAGUCAUUCACCAGAGCUACUGUAGUUCAAAUUGCUGAAUCACUUGAAAACCUUGGGUCCUGGCAUUCAUGGGAUAUUACUUUGACGCAGACCAUGUACACCCCUUCAUAGCAGUGUUGUUCCCUGAUGGCAGUGGCCUUUUUCAGCAGAAUAAUGCACCCUGCCAAACUGCAAAAAUUGUUCAGGAAUGGUUUGAGAAGCAUGACAAAGCGUUCAAGGUGUUGCCUUGGCCUUCUAAUUCCCCACCUCAAAACUUGCAGAAUCUGCUGCUAUUGUAUUAGUGCCAGAUACCACAGGACACGUUCAGAGGUCUUCUGGAGUCCAUGCCUCAACACAUCCGAGCUGUUUUGGCAGCACGAGGGGGACCUACAUGAUAUUAGGCAGGUGGUUUUAAUGUUAUGGCUGAUCAGUGUACAUCCUAAUGGAGCAAUACACUAGUACAGAAUGUAUAAUCAAUUUCACAUUACAAUCUGAUUAAUAUACAGAAGAUGUAUAUCUUUUAAUCCGUUAAAUAAACGGCAAAUGUUUUGGAAGGAAACAUGCCAAAGUUGUUUUUAAAGGUGCUAUUUCUAAACCAAUAUGUUCCUUGUCAUAGGGCUGUGCUUGGGUCAUUCUCUAUGAUUAAUUCGAUAAACACGUGACCCUGGAGGAUUAUUUUGCUUUAGCAAGUAAAUCAGAAUUGCUAUACUAAAUUCCUUUGGGAGUGAGUUAUAUUUACCACGUUACUCACUCUAUCGGCUUAAUGGCUUGGAUUUUUAUAGCUGUUAAUGCAUUAAGGUUUGAAUUCCUGCCAAUGACAUAAGCAAAGUUUAUAUAAUGAUAGGUGGAUUUGUGUUUGCAUAAAAAUUAUUGUUUAAUUAUUCAAUUUAAAUAUUUUGUUUAUGCACAUUUCGAUUGAGGGUUGGGUAUAACAGCAACACCUAAACAAUUCUUUAGUCUUAUUACUUAUACUUAUUACUUAACAAUUAAAAUGUUUUUGCAGAGACACUAUAGUCACCAAAACAACUUAAGCUUAAUGAAGCAGUCACCAAAACAACUUUAUCUUAAUGAAGAAAUUUUGGUGUAUAGCUCAUGCUUUUGAAGCCUCCCACUGUUCAAUUUUCUGCCAUUUAACCCUUUAAAGACCGGCCUGUUUCUGCGAUGUUGUACUUUAAGGACCAGACCCGUUUUGACACUUUUGUGGUGUUUGUGUUUAGCUGUAAUUUUCCUCCCUCUCAUUUACGGUUCCCAUUCAAAUUAUAUAUUGUUUUUUUCAGGACAAGAAGGGCUUUCUUUACAUACCAUUAUUUGUUUCAUGUCAUAUAUUUUAUUUAAAAAAAAUAAAAUAUGGUGAAAAAGUGAAAAAACAAACAAACAUGUUUUUGGACUUUUACUUGAAAAAUCUUUUACUUAUCUACAAAAGCUUAUGAAAAAAACUGCUAAAUAGAUUCAAAAUGUUGUCCCGAGUUUAAAAACACCCAGUGUUUAAAAAUAUAUAUAUAUAUAUUUUAAAUUUAUCAAUAGUGACAUUGUAACACCGUUAUCUGUCAUAAAUCCCUGAAUCACACCUCACAUGUACAUAUUUUUUUUAAAGUAGACAACCCAGGGUAUUCAAAAUGGGGUAUGUCCAGUCUUUUUUAGUAGCCACCUAGUCACAAACACUGGCCAAAGGUAGCAUUUAUAUUUGUGUGUUAAAAAUGCAAAAAACUAGUAAAAUCAAGCCAUAUAUUUGUCCCUGUAACUUUCACAAACACUAUAAAACCUCUACAUGUGGGGUACUGUUAUACUCAGUAGACUUCACUGAAUACAAAUAUUAGUGUAUCAGAACAGUAAAAUGUAUCACAGCAAUAAUAUCAUCAGUGAAAGUGCCGUUUGUGUGUGAAAUGCAAAAAACUUCACUUUCACUGACAAUAUCAUCGCUGUGAUAUGUUUUGCUGUUUUGAAACACUAAUAUUUGUGUUCAGUGAAGUGUCCCGAGUAAAACAGUUUCCCCCCCAUGUACAGGUUUUAGGGUGUCAUAGAAAGUUACAGGGUUAAACACCGUGCUAGCAAAUUAAAUUCUCUGGACUUUUGGCCUGGGUUGGCAGGCAGCUCCCUCAAAUUGCAAUUAUUAAAAUUACUUACAUUAGGAACACUAUAGUCACCUAAAUUACUUUAACUAAAUAAAGCAGUUUUAGUGUAUAGAUCAUUCCCCUGCAAUUUCACUGCUCAAUUCACUGUCAUUUAGGAGUUAAAUCACUUUGUUUCUGUUUAUGCAGCCGUAGCCACACCUCCCCUGGCUAUGAUUGACAGAGCCUGCAUGAAAAAAAAAAAACUGGUUUCACUUUUAAACAGAUGUAAUUUACCUUAAAUAAUUGUAUCUCAGUCUCUAAAUUGAACUUUAAUCACAUACAGGAGGCUCUUGCAGGGUCUAGCAAGCUAUUAACAUAGCAGGGGAUAAGAAAAUCUUAAUUAAACAGAACUUGCAAUAAAGAAAGCCUGAAUAGGGCUCUCUUUACAGGAAGUGUUUAUGGAAGGCUGUGCAAGUCACAUGAAGGGAGGUGUGACUAGGGUUCAUAAACAAAGGGAUUUAACUCCUAAAUGGCAGAGGAUUGAGCAGUGAGGCUGCAGGGGCAUGUUCAAUACACCAAAACUGCUUCAUUAAGCUAAAGUGUUUCAGGUGACUAUAAUGUACCUUUAAUUAGGUAAAAUUAUUACAUAAAUACGCACGUAGAAUUUUAAUAUAUAUACAUAUUUGUAUAUUUGACGUCUACGUGUAUAUGAAAUUAUGUAAUUAUGUAUCUGGACAUAUGUAUAUUUCGUAUUAUUUUUUUAUACAUAGAAAUAAAUAUAUAUAUAUAUAUAUAUAUAUUUACAUUCUAAGUGUAUUUUGAUAUAAAUAUAUAUUAAUAUAUAUAAUUUUUUUUAAUUAUUCAAAAUUUUUACUUUUUGUUAUAUAUAUGUGUGUGUGUGUGUGUGUAUAUAUAUAUAUAUAUAUAAUGUAUAUAUAUAUAUAAUGUGUAUAUAUAUGUGUGUGUGUGUGUGUGUGUAUAUAUAUAUAUAUGUGUGUGUGUGUGUGUGUGUGUAUAUAUAUAUAUAUAUAUAUAUAUAUAUAUAUAUACGUGUGAAAUUUAAAUUAAGUGUGUUUUUAUAUUAAUAUACGUAUAUAUAAAUAUAAAAAUACACUUUGUAUGACAUUAAAAUAUAUAUAUAGAUAGAAUACGUGUGUGUAUGUAUAUAUAAUUUUUUUUUUACACGGAUUGCUUUAUUUUUUUACUUUAUUUUUGAUUUUCCACUUGCAGGUAGACUGCCUGUCAGCACAGACAGUCCCCCUGCAGGCAGGUACAGACACCUAUUGCAGUCAUGUGAUCGAGUGAUCACGUGGCCGCGGGGUUCUGAUCUGCCAAGGGGAGACUACCCGGGCAGACAUGCAGUCUCCCUGGACCGGGAGGAGCGCUGAUCGCCGCCGGGGGGCCGCCGGCGAUCAGGUAAGUAGCCCCAGACCAUUAUGACGGUUCAGGACCGUCAUCGGUCCCCAAGGGGAUUUUUCCGAUGACGGUCAUGAACCGUCCUCGGUCCCCAAGGGGAUUUCUCAGAUGACGAUCCUGAACUGUCAUCGGUCGUCAAGGGGUUAAGAUUUAGUUUCUGUUUAUACAGCCCUAGUCAUACAUCCCUUGGCUGUGACUGACACAGACUGCAUGAAAAAAAUCUUUCAUUUUCAAUCAUAUGUUAACUUGCAUUAAAAGUGUUUUAUCUCCUGCUCUGUAAAUUGAAAUCUAGGCUCCUGCAAGGUCUAUCAAGCUAUUAACAGUGCAGAUUAUAAGAAAUUUCAAAUGAAACACAAUUUGCAGUAAAGGAAGGGUAGACAUUAGAUGUCUCUUUACAGGAAAUGUUAGUAAAGCUGUGUAAGUCACAUGCAAGAAGGUAUGGCUAGGGCUGUAUAAACAAACUGAUUUAACUCUUAAACGGCAGAGAAUUGAGCAGUGUGACUGCAGGGGCAUGAUCUUUACCGCAAAACUGCUUCAUUUAGCUAAAGUUGUUUUAGUGACUAUAGUGUUCCUUUACUAAUACGUCUGUGUAUGUACUUUUCAAUAGCAUUGUAUUAGUGGAGUGGAAUCAAGUGUAUUCCGUAGUUAAUGAAAUUCACAUAAAGUUAUGUAUCUGUCAACAUUGGUAAUCCAGUUUUGUCCAGACCCAGUCAGGACACACGGUGCAAGAGCAGAAGCACCAUAGCCAUGACAGCGAAAUGUAGUGGCUAUAGUGCCAGGAGUGCCCUAGGGCCUGUUUCCCCAGUAUAUGUAGUCAAACUGUUUUACAUAUUGCCUGUAGUUCACCAGUCAUUUCCACCAGUGAGAACCAGAAGUUCCUCCAUGGAGCUUACAUUAGCCAAUUGGCUGAGAACACCAAACGAUUGCUCUGUGCCAUUGAGCUAAGUCGUGCACUGUCGGGCUUCGCUCAAUGCAGAGCGCUUUAUAGAUGAAGUGACUGGCGCCCCGUUGGACCCCAGUUAAAAUUGUAAAACCAUUCUAGCGGUUAUGGUGCUUGGAGUGUUAAUUUAAAGUGAGUAGCAGAUUAGAAUGUUCCUAUUUGUUUUUAAAUCUUAUUUUUCUGUGCACCAUUGUGCAGCAAAGAUAAACCAUAUUGUUUGCUUCUUUGGGUAUCUUGUUUGUACUAGAAAGUUUCCAAACUUCUAUUCAUAGAUAAUUUGUUACAGAAUUGCUUAAAGGUAAUAAUAAAAAAAUAACAAAUAAUAUAUUUAUAUGUGUGUGUAUUAUGUAUAUAUGUUGGUGUGCAAAGGUUAUUAGCUAGGAAAGUUGCCUUCAACAUGGAUGUGUCUUAGGUGGUUAAUUUCUCAUUGAUCUUUUCCUGCCUGUUCUGCAUAUUAAUGUGUGAGACAGUGGUUUUACAGUUUAACGUCUAAAUAUGAUUUUAUGAGGUAUAUUAAUUUAUGGUAAUCUAAAAUGAUCAGCAACUUGAAGGAUUUAAAUGUUUUGUUUUUCAAUGCGGCCUCAUUUCUUUUUCAGGGUGGUUCAAUGUAGAAGACCAGAGAAACACAAAUGUCUAUGUAACAGGUGGGUUAGUUUGUUGUGUGCUCAGAUUAUGUACAUUUUACUUACUAAAUGCAUUUUAAAGAAACAUUUAUUCUGUUCUGUUCUUUGUAUAUUUCAGGGCUUCCUCUAGAUUUAACCAAUGACGAAUUUGUACAGAUAAUGUCCAAAUGUGGAAUUAUAAUGCGAGAUCCAAUGACAGAGGAAUAUAAAGUAAAGCUGUAUAAAGAUAAGCAAGGGAAUCUCAAGGGGGACGGUUUGUGCUGUUAUCUCAAGGUCAGUAAAUGAUCGUUCUUCUGUUUGGUUAUGAGAACUCUUGCAUUUUUCUAUUUGUAAGAUGUAGUCGAUGCUUCACAGAUGUAAGAUACGGUCAUCAACCAAAUGUGAGUGCCAAUGUUAAUAUAGACUGAUAUACAGGUACACAGAAAAUGAGGUAUAAAUAUUAUACCAAACAAGUGGAGCGCUAUAAACAGUGCAGGGAUUCACUCACCCCUUUAGUACAGUGACAAUCUUGAAUAUUAAAACUUGGAUAUACAGGUAUUUAUGCUUGUGGUAAUGGGGAUCUCGCCAACAAAUAGAUAUAUUACUUAAAUGAAGAUCAUAUUUUGUCUGCCUCAUCUAAGAUGGCUGCUGUAAUUGCAACUGGAUGUGUGUGUCUGCCUCUGGUUUAGAUUGUCAUGUUUUUCAAUCCCUCAAUAAAUUUAAAUCCUUAAAGGACCACUAUAGUGCCAGGAAAACAUACUCGUGUUCCUGGCACUAUAUUGCCCUGAGGGUGCACUCACCCUCAGGGACCCCCUCCCGCCUCACUUGCUCCUCUCUUCCGUCACCGGCUGAAUGCGCAUGCGCGGCAAGAGCUGCGUGCGCAUUCAGCCAGUCCAUAGGAAAGCAUUCACAAUGCUUUCCUAUGGACGCUGGUGUCUUAUCACAGUGAGAAGCGCGGAAGCCCUCUAGCGGCUCUCAGUGAGACACUAGAGGCUGGAUUAACCCUAGUGUGAACAUAGCAGUUUCUCUGAAACUGCUAUGUUUAUAAAAAAAAAAAAAAAGGGGUUAAACCUAGCUGGACCUGGCACCCAGGCCACUUCAUUAAGCUGAAGUGGUCUGGGUGCCUAUAGUGGUCCUUUAAUCUAGAAUGUUGCACUAACUGAAAAAGUGAAAGAAUUUUUUUUUUUUGAGAAUGUUGCAGGAUUCAAUGUUAUAUAAAAGAUUACAUAGAGAUGCUUAUUAGCAUUUGUAAAUGUUAUCAAAUGUUGCUAUACUUUUAUUGCUCCAUGACAUCAGUUAUUCCAAACGAACGGAUGAUUUUUCUUUUCCAAUUUAUUAUAUGAAGCAUACCGCCUUAAUUCAAAAUACACUAUUCUCCCCUCACUUCCUCCAACUCAAUCUCUCGUAAUUACUUUAUCAAAAAGUUUGGUUCUCUUGCAGCAUUAACAGUACAAAAGACAUUCUAAAUGUUACAUUUAUAUCAAUCCCUUAAGGGGAUUCUCUAGUCAUUAUAACCACUACAGCAUGCUGAAGUUGUUAUGGUACCAAGAAUCCCUGGGUGCUCUCUGCCAGUAAGCUGUCAAACCGUUUAUGAAUGGUUUGACAAUUUACUUGCUGUGGCGGGCGUCUGCAGUCCUUCUGGGAUCAGCAGAAAUAUAAAAGGACCAUUGGUGUUUUACACUGCAAGGUAAGAGUCAAGCCAGUUGUAAAUGGUUCGAUAGAUUAUUGGUGCAUGGUGCCUAGGGACUCAGGGCACCAUAACCACUACAGUGUGCUGUAAUGAUUAUAGUGUCUAGAGUGUCCAUUUAAUGUCCAGUGAUAUCACAUGUAUGCCACGAUAGAAAGGGAUUUCCCUAACCCCUGGUCUUUUAGGGGUUAAGGCAUUAUUGACACUUUAAUUGUGAUCUGAGAAAGGGCAACAGUCGUAUAACACAAGAAAGAAUGUAUCUGAAUACCAUAACUUCCGAGGUAUACAUAUCUCAGAGUGGAUCUUGUAUUAGAUGUUAAAGGAACACCAAAGGGUCAGGAACACAAAUAUGUAUUCCUCACCCUAUAGUGCUAAAGCCACCAUUGAGGUGGCUUGCCCCCCUUUUAUUCUCUGGCUGCUUAGAGGCUGCUUUUUAUUUUCUUUUGUUUGUAUGCAUUUUAUUAGAUCUCUAGUCUAUAUAUUUUUUUAUUUAAGUGCUAACAUUUUUCUUCAUCUUUUGCCCUUACAGAAAGAAUCUGUGGGUCUGGCUCUGAAACUACUUGAUGACUAUGAGAUAAGAGGAUAUAGGCUUCAUGUUGAAUGUGCAACAUUUGAACUCAAGGGGGAGUAUGAUGCCACCAAGAAGAGAAAGAAAUCCAAAGACUACAGGAAGAAGUUAUCUAUGCAGCAAAAGUGUGUAGUCUCAGCAGCAUGCGCUGGUGGAUCUAAUUGACAGCUGUUUACAGUGCUAUUAGUUCCAUUCAUGUAGUUAAUUGGCUGAUUUUGCCAUUUUAGUUUGCUUUUGUUUUUUUUCCCCAAGAUAUUCAUGUAGCUAUUUUGUGUUGCUGUUUGUUUAUUUUGUUAACGGGUUACUCCAAAUAUCAUUAUGACUACAGGUGGCUUAAGUGAUCGUGAUCGAAUCGGAUGCUAAUCUUGCCCGACUGUUCAUUGGUUUAGAGCAGACUUCCUCAAACUCCGGCCCUACAGAUGUUGCUGAACUACAACUCCCAUGAUUCUAUGAAUGAAAUAGAUAGGCUGAGGAUCAUGGGAGUUGUAGUUCAGCAACAUCUGGAGGGCCGGAAGUUCGGGGAAGCCUGGUUUAGAGCGUCAGCCGGGUGCUUUCAGCCAAUGAAUCUACGGAAUUUGAUGGCGCUAUAUAAAUAAUAAAAUAAUGAUAAUAAUAAUAAUAAUAAUAAUAAUGAAUGGAAGUCUGUGUGCAGAAUAUGACAUUAUCCAGCUAAUGACACUGCCUGAAGAGGCAUUACACCUCCAGCACUGAAGUGGUCAUGGUGCUUGGAGUAACUCUUUAAGAAUGUAGGUAAUAUGACCAACAAUAUUUAGAAACUAUAUACAAAUAAUUAAAAAAAAUAUAAAUUAUGAUACAAAAAUCCAGCGAGCUGCAAUGUGUGAUUAAAAAAAGAGGUUGCAAAAAUUUUUCAAAUAAUCCUAUUAGGAUGAUUUUGGUAGAGGUAUUUUAUGGCACACAUUUUGUGUAAAAUAUAGAAACUGUCUCCAACUGUGCAUUGCAGUACUUCUAUUUUUAUAUUUAUAUCAUGUGUUCCUAUAUACUUUUAAAAUAGUAUCCCUCCUUGUUUUAUCAUUUUAAUUUUUUAGGCAAUUGGACUGGAGACCUGAGAAGAAGGCAGAAGUAAGAAAGCGUUUUGAGCGAGUCAUUAUAAUUAAAAACAUGUUUCACCCAAGUGACUUUGAGGUGAGCAGAUCUAGUGUCUUUAUAUAGAAAACGACUGUACCGUGCACUGUCAAAUACAUACUGGAGACAAUUAAUUUUACUUACAAAAUGCUUGUCUAGAGUUUUAGAAGUACAUUUCCAUUGCCCUGAACUUGUAUUUUGUAGUUGUAUUAGUGGGGGUUUCAAUAUUUUAACACACGCACACAUUUGGUGUUCUAGAUCCUGCUGGUCACUAUAGAAUAAAAUCGUUAAUAUGAAAACUUGGCUACAACUUCAAAGUUAUGGUCUACUGUCAAAGAAGAUUAUUGGAACAUCAUAGUUGCACGAUUACUUCUUUUGCUGGGAAGAACUCACUGCAAAUUACAGAAACCUGUGUGUGUAUAUAUUAAUUUAAAAAUAAAGAAUAGGCCAACUACAGCCUGGAGUGCCCCCUAUAAUAGCCAUAACAAUGAUGGCUAGCCUAAAGGCUGCACAGCGUGAGAAAACACCACAACAGAAAUGUCACUUUAUUUUCUUUUAUGAGAUACUUGCUGACUACUAUUUUAUAUUGUGCUCAAGGGUUUUCUAACUUGGGGCCCAAGGACAAACAUGGCCUACUUAGAGUAUUCCAUAGCCUCCAGCCUGUGAGAGGUCUUUAAAAGGUUACAACCAGUAUUUUGUCAUGGCCUUUAAAUGUCAUACAGUGUCCUAGAAAUGAUAGCUUGCUUCCAGAAAACAGAGUACCCGACAAAUCCGUUACAAUCACAAACAAUAAAUAUGUCCAACCUUUUAUGUAUUUAGUUAACAUGCAUGCCAGAAUACGUCUAUACAUUUUCUCUAUUGUUGCAGUUUAAUUUUUAUUUUUAGUUGUGUUCAUGUUCGAUAUGUUAUCUGGUUCAUACAUUCAUGGUCACAGUGUAUUAUUAUAAAUUGCCCCUUUAGUCAUCAUCAUCGAAUAGUAUAGAUCAUUAAAAAUGCAAAUUCUCUUGCAAAUGCAAUUUAAGCUGGUUUAAAAUGCAUGCAGUGUCAUUUUUAGUAUUCUCACAGGAAGCAAUGUAAUUGUUUCUCUUACACAAAUGGCAUCCUGACAGUUUUAUCCCAGUUUUACAAGGAGUAUUUAUAUUAAUUGGGGCAACGGAUGCAUUUCAUUAACAAGACAUAUUUUGCACAAUGACAGUGAAAUGGAAUUUCUGGAUGUGCAAGUACUGGUCAAACCACAUUGCUUUAUACUUAUGCGAAACAAAGGAAUGUGGGUAGGGCAACUUGCUUAACCUCCAGUGCUAACUACUGGGGUUUUAGAUCAUUGGCUACAUGCAGUAAAUAGUGUCUGCCAUGAGAGACGUAGAGCAAUCACAAGUCAUUUAUUAGUUUAUAUUGACGCCUUCCAGUGUAAUUUUCAUAUAAACGUACUAAAGAUGUCCUGAAAUAUUUGCAGAGAUCAUUUGCCUUUGGUCGUGGCUGCUUUUGACAUAGAUCUGCCAUAAACACAAAAUGCUCCUUAAAAAAGUCACUUAGUGUACAAACGGCUAUAAUAGGUAUCCAUAACUUUAUUUUUCAAAACUAUAAAUGGCUUACAGUAAUGGCGAAAUCUCAUGUGCGACUUUGGUUAUUUUCAGAAAAUGCUGCCAUCUGCUUGUGUAAAUGAAUGCAGUAUAGAUAGUGAGAAUGCAUUAUCUCCGUGUUUAAUAGUCGGUGUUUAGAGGGUUUCUGCAGUAACUUUUUAGUAGAUAAAAUAAAUCACAUUAUUUUGUUCAGGUUUACUAGUCCCUCAAUCCAAUAAUUGUAUGGAUUAUGGGUACUAGCUAAAUAUCAAGGUAUUUUGUGUCCAUUGCCAGCUACUUUGAUUUACCACUUUGCGGGCUGGAUUUUACUAGAAGACUUGAACUUAAAGGAACAAUAGUGUCAGGAAUACAGACUUGUAUUCCUGACACCACAGUGUUUAACUAUUUAGGUAAUUUCAUGGGAAAUGUGAGUUUACGUAAGUUUUUACCCACACCGCGCUGGUCCUGCCACAGCUGGUCACACCUCCUUUGCAGAGAUCAUCAAUCUUGAUUAUCUCAGCCAAUCUAGUGCUUUCCAAUAGAAAAGCAUUGGGAGCCUGUUGAGCAUGCAUGGCAAAAUGCUGUGCUUAUCAGCAUCUCUUCAUUGAGAUGCAUUGAAUCAAAUCAUCUCUUUGGCAAACGUUCAAAGCGUUGGAAACGCUGCAGGGCAUGGAGACAAUGGACAAAGAAGCAACUCUAGUGGCUGUCUGACUGAUUUUUUUUUUUUUUUUUUAGUAUGUGGAUGGCAGAAAAGCGGCAGAGUGGACAAGCGACAUCUACACCACUCUGGGGUUAAUCCGUUUAUAAACAGCCAGGCACCAUAACAACUUAAUUGAUAUGAAGCUGUUAUGGUGCCCAGAGUGAUCCUUAAAUUAUUUUAACUGGUACUAAUAAAGGACUGGUGACGGUGCCUCGUUUUUUUUAUUAAAUAAUAAAUGGCCAAAUAUUGAAAUGUAGCUGUUUCCAUAUUUAAUUCCUCCUUUUGUUCUACUUGUGUAUAUUUUCAAUUAUUCAUUGCCCAUUUCCUCUUUCAGGAAGAUCCCUUGGUGCUAAAUGAAAUUCGAGAAGAUCUUCGGUCUGAAUGCGAAAAGUUUGGACAAGUGAAGAAAGUCCUAAUAUUUGAUGUAAGUAAUACCAAACUUGUGUAAGUUGGAUGUUUCUUUACAAUGAACCAAGAAAACAAAUAUAUCACUGACUGGCCACGAAGGCAGAGGAAUAAUAUAGUGUUAGUUAUACAGCUUUUUUUAUUCCUGUUUCUGUUGCCAAGCUAAUUUACACACAAUCCACGUGCCGAUGUGUCUGUGUGAAACGCCAAGCACACUCACAGAAUGACAAACUGAUUGACACUGAUAAAAUAAUAAAUAUCAGUACAGGGAUAUCUAGAUCACAUGCAAGUAAGAAAAAAUUAUAAAUGUAAACAAAGACAAGUGGCAAAGGGAGUAUAAUCAUUAAGUUACAGGAUGUAUAAGGAAAGGAUAGCUAAAAGGACAGUGUCCUUUUAAGAGUUAAUGGAUUCGAUUGAACAGUAUACCAUGAGCCAAAGUAUCCCUUGAUUUGUAUUUCUAUAGUUACUCUGUUCUAUACAUUUGCAAGCUGUAAUUGUGCUUAUUUGGGCUGUACUUGCCUGUCACCAGAAUGACACACGUCAUGGUUUCACAUACUUAAAUGAAAACUGAUACCUAAAGUAAAUUAAGUCAUGUUUCAGAAUUCUGCACUUUUUUUUUUUCUUUUCCUUGUAGGCAAACUUUAAUAGAUGCAUUUGGUUCUACACUAGAAUGUUCUGGUGGUUCUGUUAUUGUUCUGUUAUUGUUUUGUUCUACACUAGAAUGUGUGUAAUUAGUUUGCGCUGUUCAUUUCAAGCAUUGGUAGUGUAUUGUUCUGUAAAGGCUAUUCUUAGAGGACUAUUGCUACAAGACUACUGCUUUACAUAUGUAGUCAAUGCUAAAAUACUGGUGAUUUGAUGUCAAAAUGAUGUGAUACUGUGCUGUCUACAUUUACAGUGUAUAUUUCCCAUGAUACACUAGCAGACUUUGACCUGUCUGAGCAUGAUGAGAAAUAUUUUUGUAAAACAUAUGCUACAUAUUCUUCUUUGCAUGUGAUCUAGAUAUGUUUUACAAAAAUAUUUCUCAUCAUGCUCAGACAGGUCAAAGUCUGGUAGUGUAUCAUGGGAAAUAUACGCUGUUAAUGUAGACAGCACAGCAUCAAAUCACCAGUAUUUUAGUGUUGACUACAUAUGUAAAGCAGUAGUCCUGUAGUGACUAAGAAAAUGAGUUAUUAGAAAAAAAAAAUCUUAUGUUUUAUCAAUAUAAUUACACCAGAGACACCCUGAUGGAGUGGCCUCCGUGGCUUUCAGAGAGGUAGAAGAAAGUGAUAUGUGUAUCCAGACUCUGAAUGGAAGGUGGUUUGGUGGUCGUCAGCUGGUGGUUGAAGCGUGGGAUGGCGUAACAGAUUACCAGGUAUUCUAUAUUUAACAGUACAUAAAGGAGUCUAUUUUGCAAUGCAUUAUGUUUUGAUUCACUGACUUUGGUGAGUACCAGUUGCAUAUUUCUAAUUUAAUAUAGCUGGGUGCGUUUUUAUGAUAUUUAAGUGCAUAGGUUGCAAAAGUAGUUUGAUCAGGUUUGAAAGUUCUUUAAAACGUGAUAAAUACUACACUAACAGAGUUUGCAGGAUCUGUUAAGCUGAUAGUCUGGCUAAUUUGAAGGAACCUUUCCCUUUCCCCAACUCGACAGAAAUAAAUAGAACCCAAAGAAAUGAUGACGGGGCACAGAAAAGAUUUGCAUUUAAUACAAUCCAUGAAUGAAUGUUAAUCCAUCAUAUGUCAUGAGGGGUCACUCUUUCCCAUUCAUGGGAGAUGUAGUCAAACCCUGUUAGAUUCGAUGAGCAUUAAAGGGAUUCUAUAGUGUGUUAGGAAUACAAAUCUGUAUUCCUAACACUAGUGCCCAAUGGUCCCCCCUCGUGGCCCCAUCUCUGGCAAUAAAGAGUUAAAAAACCCUUUAGUCACUUAUGUGAUUCCAGCGCUGAUGUCCCUGGCUGCUAGAUUGGUACUCCACGUCCCCCAAAGUCAUCAUGUGUAGGCGAGUGCUGCGAGCACCUUAGGCUCUCCCCUUUGCCCCAAUUUCCUUCCCAUGGGGAUUUCACAGAUGCUGGAUGUCCUCAUUCAGAGAGUGAGGAGGUCCAGCUUUGUUUAAUGGAGUCAAACUCCGUUAGAAUCCAGGAAGCACCUCUUUGCAGUCUUAGUCCUGCAAAAGAUUCUCAAAAACAGCAAUGUUUUACUUUGCAAGACUAAGAGGGACUUAAUUGUGUAUAUAAAGCUUGUAAUUUGUGUCAGUGUAUUUUAGCAGCCUGGUAUAGCUGCUAUAAGUGUACAUGUGAAUGAACCUUGAAUAACUGGUGUUUCGGUUCUUGAUAGGAAAUCAGAUGAAAAGAAAAUGACUGUGCAUUGAAAAUGGAAAUAUUGUAGCAUGAGUUAUUCAAAGUGACUGCACUCAUAAUCUAGUUUAGGUACAGUUAAAUUAGUUCUCCUAUCAAAACAUACACCGCAAACAUGUGUACUGAAACAUAGUGUUCUACAAUGAUCAGUGACACGGUCUUAUUACAUGUACCAUUGUAUUUUAAAUGUUUUAAUGUCCGUAUAUGGUUUCAGUAAUUCUUUCUUGCAUUGCUGAAAGCACUGCCUGAUUGUUAAUGAGUUUAUUUAUUGUUUUACAGAUUGAAGAAACCUCUCGAGAAAGGGAAGAGAGGCUCAAAGGCUGGGACACAUUCCUCCAUUUGGGAAAAACUGAGGGAACCAGUGACAAGAACUCAAACCCUACAAAUGAAGUAGAGUCAGACAAAAAAACGAAUGAAGAUACAGGGUCUACAAAUAACAAGGACAGUAACGGUGAUCAGCCUGAAAACGAUAAAGCUGAUCCAGCAGAGGAUGAUGCAGAGUCUACGGAUAGCAGCAUCGGCAGCAGUGACGAAGACGACACAGAUAAAGGACAUUUGUAAUUUCACAAACACAUGUUUCAGCUCGCUUCCUGUAUGGGGACUUUGGGAGAACCACUUGUGGCAUUUGCCUGAAUAUGAACUGUCAAGAAGUUUUGAAAAUUUAUGUUGCAGUUACUGAACAGAGUGGAGAAAGAGAAAAAAAUUGCAGAAUGUUCUUUCUUUCUUUCUAUCUUUUUAUUUUAUUUUUAAACUCGUAAAGGUUUCCGGAAGCCCAUGAAACUGGAUUAGUUUGUUUUGUAACAGGUAUUAUUUCAGGAAAAUGAUAGAGAUAUAUGACAAGAUAUGCAACCACAAUCCAAAAUAGUGUCGUUUUAUGUGGGACUGUAUUAAGACCUCAAAGGACUCUACAUAGCGCAACCUGUAUCCUCAGAGGCCUACAAAUUUAGAUAAAUCUAAUGAAGUAUUCUAGAUGUUUUUGACAGCCAGCUUGUUGCUUCCUAGUUGUGGAAUGACAACUCCUGUGAUACUCUGCCAGCCACAGGCAUGUAACUUGUGAUUUGGGAUGGUUGCUGAGCAUUGUGGGACUUGUGGUUUCACUGCAGCAGUAGUGCACCUUUCUGAAUACCGCCGAUUUAAAUACUAUAUCAUUUACCUAAUCUAAUUUUGAGCACUGAUACACCUUUCAGGCAGUUUCAUACUUAUGUAGAGGUCCAUAAAGUGAGAGAAGGUGCUAUUUACAAAUAUUUAAAACUUACUACGUCAUUCGCUAAAUUGAGAAUCCAAAGUAAUUUUCACAUUUUGAGCCAGAGUCGCUGAACUGAAAGCAUAGCUGACCUCAAGAAAUUUUGGAAUUUGGCUAUAUUGUCGUUAAAUUCUCACUUUAGUGACUAACCCUGUUAGAGAAAUGUGUCUCUUUCAGGAUACGGUGUGCUGACUGAAUUUGCAGGUUGACCAGCAUCCUCUUUCUCUCUCUUUAAUGGUCCAUUCUGAGUAAGUGUAGCUUUGAAAUCGCCAGCGUUUGAGGUCCCAUAGUACAUAAUCCUAUAGAGCUUUAGCUGCCUCAUCAGACUAAUAUUUUAGUUGAAGCACACAUAAUGAAAAGAAUUAUGGAAAAAGAGAGUCACACUCAUGAACAAUUAUAUAACUAGAUCUACUUGACACUAAGGGUAUAUUCAGUACGAGACAAUGUACACCUGGGAGCAAACUUUGGUUUCUAAUUUUUUUCAGUUAAUAAAAACACCCACCGUCCUCAAAUAGAACGAUACAAAUUUAAUAUUUCAUCAUUUAUGUAGCAGAAGGGAACGGCUGUCUAGGUAUAUCUCAAGCCAAAAAUAAUGCCCAUGAUACUUGUUUAAAAUUGAGCUACCCAAAUAUUCAUGGCCUAUCAUCAUGUAUAAGUUAGCACAUGUAUACAUCUACUGCACAUCACAAACAUGUACAGCGGUUGAUGUAUACUAUGAAAAGUUGUCGAAAUCAACUCACCAUUUGUUGGGAAAAAUCAUUUGGGGAAAGGUUUUGUCCCUUAAUAUUCACAUUUUUUUUAAGAUAUGCCUGACUUUCCUACUAUUUUGCACUAUUAUAUGGCUCUAAACCAUUAACAAAUGCAGAAUGACAUUUAUAUGAUCAGUCUCUUUUUUUUGGCCAUUGAAUAUCUUUAAAUAGUGAUCCCAAACCUUUGGAAUUGCAGCUCUUUGAGACUGCUUGUGGCGUGAAGUUCAUCCAGACAGAUGUGCGAAGCAUAUUCUACAGCAGCUACAGUGCCAAAGGUCAGCCAUUUCUGGCUUUCUCCCUAUUAAAUCGUGGACUGGUUUUUCUUGCUGCUUGGAUAGAUCUGCACUGCUCUCAUUCUUGUAACUGUGUUCCAUUUAAUUAAAUUAAAAUAAUUUGCUUUAAUUAGGGGUUAGAAUUGUAUUUAGAUUUAAAAAAAAAAAAGCUGUGUUUUCUAACUUUUCAUAUAUGUUCCUUUAAGAUUUGAGAUUUAUAAAAAAAAAAUAUUUAAAUGGAUUUAGCUUGUAUUUCAUACUUUUGUGCUAAUUGAAUGGGUAAAACUUGCUCUUUAAUUAGUGUUGGUAUUUUAAAUAGCUGCCACGUGUCCAUGCGUUUUUAACCAUAGAAUAUUUCUUGUUGAAGCAUUUCAACAUAUACAGGAUUAUUUACUAAAGUGUCAUUUGCCAGGAAUUCAAAUUAGAUUUUAUAAUUGCAGCCAAAUGUAAAAAAUUCUCCAAGUCAUCUUUUUCAGUUUGGCUGUUUUGGCUGUUUUAAAUAUGAAAUUUCCUUUAUAUUCAGCACCACUUGCUACAUUAAACUCAUAUUGCUAGAUAUUUUAUCAACACUUUAGAUUGUUAGUGCAGUGGUUCUUGAGUUUUUGUUUGUGACAGGGACCAAAAUAAUAUACAUUAUUAUCUUUGCAACCCAUUCUUUAUUUGCAAACAUUUGAUCAAUAACCUGUUUUUUUCCAAAUUGUAAUAUGAUCCUUUGUUAGACAAUAUGCUCUAUUACACAAUUUAUGUUUAUAUGCCUCGGAUGAUGCACCUGUCCCACCCAAUUUUGAGUCCAAGGAGUUUAAGGGACAUUCCAGGCGGAAAUUGAUAUGUUCUUUGUUGAUUCGUUGUAUACAUAAUGUAUUUAAAAAACAAACCAACAAAAAAAAAAAAAACCUUAGAGAUGAAUAAAAAAAAAAAUGUAAAGAGGAACACUAUAACCUUAGGAGUACAAAUAAUAUUUCUAAUGCUAUAGUGUCCCUCUCCCUAUAAAUAAAGGCCCAGACCCCUUGGUGAGUAAAAGAUUAAUACCCUUUUUUCACUUGACUGUUUCCAGCACCAAGUGCUGAAUUGUUCUCUUCCUCCAGUGCCGUCAUGACGACUGGGGAACUGCAUGCGCUGCCAUCGAGCGCCGCACGCAUUGCAGAUUUUCCAUAGGCAAGCACUCAAUCAAUUUUGAAGACUGGAUGUCCUCAAUGCAAAGUGUGAGGAUGUCCCAAUGCCGUUUCAUUGAGUUAAACUCUGUGAGAAGCCGGGAAGCGCUUCUAGUGGCUGUACGGGUAACAGCCACUAGAGGUUGUCUCAACCCUGCAAUGUUUUACAAAGGAGGGUUAAGGGGAUAAUGACACUGCACCCAGACCUUCAGUGAGAUGAAGUGGUCUGGAUGCCUAUAGUGUCCCUUUAGUUGUUACAUCCGCAGUAAAUUCCCAACCUUUACAUAUAUUGUAUGUUCGCACUUUCCCAAACAAGGAAAUGAUCAACCAAUCCUCAUGGAGCAGGAGUUUCUGGAAGUUGUACUUUGUGAGCGUUCGACCCCACUUCCCCCCCACCCCCCAAAAAAAGCAAACAUCCAGAGUACGGCAUGUUAAAACUUCAGUUAUUUAUGCCAAAAUGUUUAACAGUGACUAGUGUCCCUUUAAGAACCACUGUUUUAAUGUAAAAGUGAUUUUUGUUUUUAAAGCGGUCUCUUACUUUGUGCUCAAGGACAUACUAGCAGAGUGUUCAUUUUAAGUAAACCAUAUUUUUUUGGUCCAUAUGUGAUUAAGCCAUUUUAAAUGUACACUAACACAUCUCGACUUAUUUAUCUUGGCAUUAAAAAAAAAACACUUUUUUAAUGUGUUAUCUAUGUCUGUACUUCUGUGAACAAACCUUUCAUGCCC